AUGAAGCUGUCCAUUUGUUUCUUAUUAUUUUGUGCUGCAUUGAGUGCAGGGGCAACUAACAAAUCCCCAGAGCACACCGACGACACCGUAAAAGCACCGUCAGCGGGAAGAAUUUCCGGAUUUGGGCUGGAGAUUAUAAUGACUAAAUUAAGCUACAUCGAUCGUAAAUUAUUCAAACUUCAAUCAGAUCUGGAUCAACACCGGGAACAGAUGGAACGGAACCAGAAAUGUCACGAGAAAACGUCACCAACUGCAACAACUACAUCACCGAACAAAGUAAAGUUACCUUCUUACUCAUCCUGUAGGAACGUGCCAACGAAAGUUUCGGGAGUGUAUCUUAUCAGCGUAAACAACAACAGUGCACCGUUCAACGUUUAUUGUGAGCAGGAGAAAUACGAAGGAGGCUGGAUUGUAAUGCAGCAUCGGUUUGAUGGUUCCGUUGAUUUCUAUCGGAACUGGGCCGAAUACCGAGAUGGUUUUGGCCAGUUGCACAGCGAAUUUUGGCUCGGAUUGGAGCGAAUUCAUCAACUCACAACUGCCCGUGCACAUGAAAUCGUAAUCGAGAUGGCAGACUUUGAAGGAAACCACGGGUUCGCUCGCUACAAUGCGUUCCAAGUAGGGAGCGAGAGUGAAAAGUACGAAUUAAAAUCCCUGGGAUCGUAUAGUGGCACGGCAGGUGACUCAUUAUCGUACCAUGAAAAGGGGAGGAAGUUUUGUACAAAAGAUCAUAAUAAUGACGGCAGACCCGAGUACCAUUUCGCCGUUCGUUAUGAAGGUGCUUGGUGGUAUGGUUCUGGUGGUGGCUACUCGAAUUUGAACGGUCGGUACAAGAAUACUGUCGAUGUGAAAUCAAAUUGGUGGUUCCGUUUCAAAACUCCUAACGGACAUCAUCCGCUGAGCUUCACCAGGAUGAUGAUACGGGAAUUGUGA